UCCUCUUCCCAAUGUCCCUCCAUCCAGAGUCAAGUGGGGCUAUAAUAAAUGGAGACCUGAAUAGAGAGGUGAGGAGGAUUCUGGGAAUAUCAUUUGAUGUGACUAUUUGUGUUCAGAUGUAGAGUUUUCCUCCUGUGAAGUCUGGAGAUCAUAUGACAUCACAUUGCCUCCACCUCCCUCCCUGAUAGAAGAGAGAAAGAAGAAGAAGAUUCUAGAAGUCACCAGAGAGAUCACUGAGCUGCUGACAGGAGAGGUUCCUAUAAGGUGUCAGGGUGUCACUGUCUAUUUCUCCAUGGAGGAGUGGGAGUAUUUAGAAGGACACAAGGAUCUCUACAAGGACGUCAUGAUGGACAAUCAGCCACCCCUCACAUCACCGGAUGGAUCCAGUCAUGGGAACCCACCAGAGAGAUGUCCCCGUCCUCUGUAUUCCCGGGAUUCCACACAGGAAGGUCACACCAUCCCUCACCAUCAUCAGAGUGGAAUCCUCGGGGAUGAUAAUAUUGAUGUUAAAGAAGAGUAUAAAGAGGAGGAUGAGGAGUAUGGAGUGAUGGAGGAGUUUUCAGAAGGACACAAGGAUAUGAUGGAGCCACCUAAUACCAGGAACCCACCAGAGAGAUGUCCCCGUCCUCUGUAUUCCCGAGAUUCCACACAGGAAGAUCACACCAUCCCUCAUUGUUACAAGGUUGAAGAUCUGAUAGAUAUAAAAGUUGAGGUUAAAGAAGAAGCAGAAGAAGAAGAGGCGUAUGUGAGGGAUGAUCAGCAGUCUAUGGAGGAGGAUGGAAUAACGGGGACAUUUAUAGAGGAGGACACUCCUACAGAGAUCAGCACAGGUGGGUCAUGAACACUAAAUCCAUUCCUCCACCCAUACUGCUCACUGAUUGGUCCAGAGUAGGGCGGGGACUGGGGUGAUAUCAGUCUGUA